AUGCCUUCGCAAACAUUCUAUCUCCUUGGAGAGGAUAUCUCCACCGCCAAAGAGAUUGAAAUCGAUGCUUCCCAGGGCAUCGAAGGAUUGAGGCACCUGGUUGCUGCUCACUUUGCUAUUGUUGAGCCAAGUGGCAUCGCCUUCCAGGCAAACAAUGCUGUCCUCACAGAGUCAUCCGAUGUCGCCGCUGCGGCCGGUCCUGUGGCCAUUACAAUCGAUGGGCAUGCUGUUCGCGAUCCCCCUUGCCCCCGGCAAUUACCCUUCGUCGGUACCUUCUUCGAAGUCUAUCCCGACCAUCUAGGAAACCAUCAGCGCCUUUUUGAUCAGUACGGGCCUGUCGUCAAGACGAGCAAUCUAGGUCGUGUGACCUACCAGACCAAUGACCCUAAGAUUUCCGCUAUUGCCUUCUCUGAAUCUGAUUUCUUCACCAAGAAGAUCAACGAAUCCCACCCUCUUUAUGCUCUGAAAACUCCAUCGGCUGGGGUUUUCCUUGGUGAUACAGACACCGAAGAGUGGAGAGUGGCCCAUAAAUUCUUACCUCCAGCACUAGGCCCCAAGGCAGUGCGCCACUAUGCUCCCACCAUGCAGAAGACAGUUGAGGAUUCCUUCAAAGUGUUUGACUACUUUGAUGAGCAGGGUGAAGCCUGGAAUGUUUACCAGCACAUGCUCAAGCUGGGUUCUCAGGCUGUUGGUAAACUUACUCUUGGCUUGGAUUUCCAGCACUUCAGCUCCCCUGAAGCCCCAGUGCAUGAGAUGGUUCAUAAUAUUGCUGAGCUUCUGUCUUUGAAUAAGAAGGUCACAUCAAAGGGGGACUGGUACAGUUCUCUGCCCUUUGGCGACCCCAAACGCCUCAGAGUCCUGAAGGCCCGCAUUGAGGAGAUGGUGGACGAGUCAAUCCAGAAGGCCUCCAGAGGUGGUGUCGAGGAUCUUCCAUUGCAAGACGCUGCCUUGAGUGCAAGCAACAUGGUUGACUACGCGGUGCGUGCCACUGAUAGCAAGGGCGAAAAGUUGCCCAAGUCCAGCUUGGUUUGGGCUCUUGUCGUCGCCACCGGAGCCGGCUUUACCACCACCAGUUCCCUCCUUUCGUGGCUCAUCUAUGGUCUUUGCACAUACGAGGGCAUGCAAGAGAGACUUCUCCAGGAGUUGAUUGAUCAUGGCUUUGAUGAAAACACCCAGAUGACUGCCGAGUUCACCGAAAAGUUGGACUUCCUUGAUAAAUAUAUCAAGGAAACCCAGCGUCGUCACAACCCAUCUUUCCAGCCUGGACGUACUGCCAAAGUUGAUCUUAUUCUUCCUGGAGGAUACAAGCUGCCGAAGGAUUCAGUUAUCGUGCCUGCCCUUCACCAUAUCCACAACAACCCGGAACUGUGGGACAACCCUGCCCGAUUCAACCCAGACCGAUGGGACACCGAGGAGGUCAAGAACAGACACAAGGCUGCUUACAUUCCCUUCGCCAUGGGUCCUCGUAUGUGCAUUGGGUUCAACUUUGCACUUCAGGAGAUCAAGGUCUUCUUGCCUAAACUCAUCUACCGCUACAAGUUCUCCCGAGAGGGCGAUGGACCCAUUGAAUAUGACCCCAUGUUCCAGCUGAUCAGACCAAACAAUCUGUACGUGCGUGCAGAAAGACGAGUCAAGUGGCCGCCAAAGUCGACCAAGAGCACCGCAGCCUGA